UGAACUGUAUAUUCAAAAGACGCUAACAAUGUAAUGGGAAAUGGAAGCUUCUCAAAGGGAAACGGAAUCCUUCUUCCCCGCCACGAUCCUGUCCCUCGUUUAGUCACUCGCUGAGCGGGAAAUCUCUCUCUCCCUCAUGGCUUCUUAUGAGCCCUAGAGGUUGGGUUUCUUUUUCCUCCGGGGGAGCCCUUCGGUCGGCGAAAAAUGGCCAGCGGUUUCUCCGAUAACGAUCGCCGGAUCCUGGAGGCAGUCGGCGCCGGCGCUUCGGGCCUCUCUUUCAUAGGAUCGUCUUUCAUCGUACUCUGCUACGUCCUCUUCAAGGAGCUGCGCAAGUUCUCUUUCAAGCUCGUGUUCUUCCUCGCCCUGUCGGAUAUGUUCUGCAGCUUCUUCAACAUAUUUGGGGACCCAUCAAAAGGAUUUCUAUGCUAUGCACAGGGAUACAGCACACAUUUCUUUUGUCUUGCAUCGUUUCUAUGGACCACAACUAUUGCAUUCACCCUUCAUCGUACUGUUGUUAGGCAUAAAACUGACGUUGAGGAUUUGGGUCCUAUCUUCCACUUAUAUGUUUGGGGGACUUCACUUGUGAUGACUGUUGUACAGUCAAUAGGUAAUAAUUAUGGACAACUAGGUACUUGGUGUUGGACCCAGACAGGACAAACAAGCAAGGUGGUGCAUCUGAUGACAUUUUAUGCACCUCUAUGGGGUGCAAUUCUUUUCAAUGGGUUUACAUACUUCCAAGUUAUCCGCAUGCUGAAUAAUGCAACUCGUAUGGCAGUAGGCAUGCUGGAUGGGACAACUCAAUUUGACACAAGGGCAGAUACAAAGGCAUUGAGCAGAUGGGGAUACUACCCAUUGAUCUUAAUUGGUUCAUGGGCCUUUGGAACUAUUAAUCGCAUUCAUGACUUUAUUGAUCCUAAACAUAGAAUAUUUUGGCUGUCACUUCUUGAUGUCGGAAUGGCAUCCCUCAUGGGUUUGUUCAAUUCAAUUGCAUACGGACUUAAUGCAUCAGUGAGAAGAGCAAUACUUGAAAGGCUAGAUCAGUGUUGGCCUGAUAGAUUCAAGAAAUUGCUUUCGGCUAAGAUACAUCUUAGGGGACAACAGCAGGAGAAUGAGUUAGUUCCUCUAAGAGUUCACAAUCAGCCCUAAGUUCAUGGCUUUGUCUUCCACUUGAUGAUAUCAUACUGCUUCUCUGCAAGUUUCACUCUUCAAAUGGUACUUCAGGUGUUAAGCUUAUAAAAAUUUGAGAAGAGUGCUGUAAGCAUACCAGAAUGCUUUUUGUACCUUAUGACAUAAAAAUGCAGUUCGUUGUUCAUUUCAUUGUAAAAGCUCAUUUUUUGAGGUUCCAGUAUCAUGAACGAUAUAUGUUUGCCAGGUCAGAGUGGUAUUGUAUAUCUACACUAGAAUUAUUCACCACAUUCGUUUCUUUCUGACUCAA